UGCACUUCCGCCGUCCGCCUGCGGGCUGCACUUCCGCCUCCUCCGUCUGCCCUAACUAGGUUCGUGAUCCGCUUACAAUUUCUGAUUACCGAUCCCGGCCUUUUUUUCAUCCAUUCUGUGCGGUUCUGCUCUACAACAAAUCGCAGUUGGAUGUAUAGUGGGAGACUGGUCAGAGGAUUGUUGACUGAAGGGUACAUUAGUAACGUUAGGGAGUUUUUGAACUUUGCUGUGCAACACCCCGAGUGUAUGAGUGGGCCUGAGAUUAAAUGCCCUUGCCUUAAACCCAAAUGUCGGAACACUGCUUUUCGAACUGUUGACGAAGUGGAGUUUCAUCUCUACACAGACGGGUUUGUGAGUAAUUACCACGUCUGGACUCACCAUGGUGAGGAAAAUAGGAGGGUCGAGGUGCCUGUUAAUGUUAUGCAAGCGGACAACAUGUGGGAACAUAGAAAUGAAGACGAGGGUUGCAGUUCAUUCCAGAGAAUGGUUACUGAUGCUGGUGGUCCCGAAGUAUGGGCAGAAGAGCCUCCGAAUGCAGAAGCUCAGAAGUUUUAUGAUAUGAUGCGUGCGGCCGAAGAACCCAUAUGGCCUGGGAAUGACAGACACUCCGCUUUGUCUGCAGCCGUAAAAUUUUUAGAAUUCAAGUGCCGAUUUCAAGCAUCUGACGGUCUGAUGAAUGAAAUGAGCGAGUUUGUACAUCAGUUGUUGCCUAAAGACAACAAGUUAGCGAAAAAUUCGUACAAUAUUAAAAAGCUAGUCAGAGGGCUUGGGCUUCCAGUUGAGGUGAUUGACUGCUGUAAAAAUAUGUGUAUGAUAUACUGGGGUGACGAUGCGGGUUUGACUUUGCGUAAAGUAUGCGGGCAUGACAGGUGGAAACCAGCUACUGCGGGUAAUUCAAAAAGAAGAAAGACGAAUGUGCCUUAUAAAAAAAUGCAUUACUUUCCUUUAACUCCGAGGCUGCAGAGAUUGUACGCUUCUAGGGCAACAGCUAAACAUAUGAGGUGGCACGCCGAGCACGAGAUGGAGAAUGGUGUGAUGAAUCAUCCGUCUGACUCGCCAGCUUGGAAACACUUUUCGGAGUUACAUCAAGAUUUUGCAGCCGAAGUUAGAAAUAUCAGAUUGGGGUUGUGUACGGAUGGGUUUCAACCAUUUGGUGCAUUUGGGCAACAAUACUCGUCAUGGCCGGUAAUUGUGACUCCGUAUAACUUGCCUCCUGGCAUGGCCAUGAAAGACGAGUUCAUGUUUCUAACGGUUCUUGUUCGCGGACCCAAUAGUCCAAAAGGCAGUUUGGAUAUUUUCCUACAGCCGCUAAUAGUAGAACUGAACCAUUUGUGGGAAUUUGGGACGCGAACAUACGACAUUCAUAGGCGGCAAAAUUUUCAAUUGAAAGCCGCUCUUAUGUGGACGAUCAAUGAUUUUCCGGCUUAUUCAAUGCUCUCUGGAUGGAGCACAUCGGGUAAACGGGCAUGUCCUCACUGUAUGGAAGAAACUGAUGCAAUUACCCUUCCGAAGAGUGGUAAACAAUCGUGGUUUGAUUGCCACAGAAAGUUGUUACCACCUGAACAUUCGUACCGUAAUAACACUACGGAUUUUAAAAAGGGCUACAAAGAAAGAAAAUCAUUCAGGGGAUACAGAAGUGGAGAGGAAAUUGAACAAGAGAUUGAUAGCCUUGGUUUUAAAAAGGCAUACGAGGUUGGAGCUCAGGAUACGAAUGCUCAAAAAUCAAAGCAUCAUGGGUGGCAUAAGAAAAGCAUAUUUUGGGAAUUGCCGUAUUGGAAAACGAAUAUGAUUCGUCAUAAUCUUGGUGCAAUAUAUGCUUUAGACAAAAACGCAAAACAAGCUCUACUGGAAUGGGUUAAAGAGUUGAAGUUCCCGGAUGGGCAUGUGUCAAACUUGGGUAGGUGUGUCGAUUUGAAAAAGCUGAAAAUGAACGGUAUGAAAAGCCACGAUUGUCAUGUUUUCAUGCAGCGUCUCUUGCCAAUUGCUUUUCGAGAAUUUCUUCAUCCGUCCGUGUGGGAACCUAUUACAGAGUUGAGCAUCUUCUUUAAAGACCUGACUUGCACAACGCUUAAAGAGGACGACCUAAUUGAGAUGGAGAAAGACAUUGCGAAAAUAUUGUGCAAGUUGGAACGUAUCUUUCCGCCCAACUUUUUUGAUUCAAUGGAACAUCUUCCUAUACACCUACCCUACGAAGCGAAGCUGGCAGGCCCUGUGCAAUAUCGGUGGAUGUAUCCCUUUGAAAGAUAUCUGAGAAAAUUGAAACGGAAAGUGACCAACAAAGCUAAAGUGGAAGGUAGCAUUGCCACUGGAUAUUUGUACGAAGAAAUCGCCAAAUUUGCGUCAUUUUACUUUAAUGACGGUGAUCCGACGCUGCCUGACCGGCUGCAACGAAACGAGACACGUGAUGAUGUCGUGGACGAUGAUGUAGACCGGCUAUCAAUCUUCAAACCGAAUGGCCGACCUAUAGGUGCUUCUAAAAAACGAAGUUUGGAGGAGGACGAAUACACUGCCGCCCAUAGUUACAUUCUGUUGAACUGUCCUGAAAUCGAGCAUUACAAGGAGUAAGUCGUACACUACUUUUAAAUUUAUUUGUCAAAUACAUGACUUUACUGUAAUAACAAGUAUUGGGUUCUUUUUAAAGUUUGUAUGUUGACGAGUUGUACGAAAUCAAUCCCGGAAUCACCCAAGUUCAAGUAGAAGUGAAGCUCGAGACUGAAUUUUCCUCUUGGUU